AUGAUGUUGAUACCAGAGUUGUUCGUUUGCCCAAUCAGCCUGGACAUCAUGUCAGAUCCCGUCACCCUCUCUACCACCGCCCGGACCUACGACCGGCCCAACAUCCGCCGCUGGCUCGCCGCCGGCCACCGCACAUGCCCCGUCACCAUGCGCCGUCUGCCCAAGUCGGGGUCGAAGGAGGUCUUGCUGGUGCCGAACCGCACGCUGAAGCACCUCAUCGACCGCUGGAUCCUCACUGGCCGCACCCUCUCCAUCUCCGACCUCGCGCUGCCCACGCUCAAAGACAACCUUCUCGCUGGCAUGGACGACACCACGGUCAUGGAGGAGACUCUGAGGAUCGUGAUGUUGCUGUCCCCACCGGGCUUCUGCGCCUUGCUCCUACGCCUCCUCCUCCGGCACAGCAGGCAUGAUGAUGAUGAUGACCGUGCUCCUGCACAUGCACUGCUCGUCGAGCUGGCACUCGACUGCCUUCUCGCCUCGCCGUCCGCGCACGAGCUCGCCGCCUCCCUGCAGACGGGCGACGUCUCCUCCUUUGCCGUCGUCCUCCGUCGGGGGAGCCUCACGGUCAGGACAGGCUUGUGCCGCCUCAUGCACAUCGCUGCCGACACCAUGGCAGAACAGCAGCUGUGCAUCAUGGUCCUGGGUCGUUCAGAAAAAGUCAUGGGAGCACUGGCCGCUCUCGUGCACGACGGCGGCGCCGCGUCCGACGCCGCUCUGAGGGCGAUGUCGAGCCUCUGCUCGUCGGACCAGGCCAUCCGGGAGACGGCGGUGGCAGCGGGCGCCGUCGAUGCCCUCCUCUCCUACAUCUCCUACGGCGCCGGGCACUGCAGAAAGUGGCCGCCAUGUUCUGCGCUCUUGAGCCGGGCCCUGGAGACGCUGGAGCAGGUGCUCGUCAGCGUCGGCUCCGGCAGGCAGGCCAUGUACGCCCGGUACGGCGCCACGGCCGUCCUGGUGAAGAUGGUGUUCCGGGUGCCCUUCGACCAGGGAAGCGGCAGCAGCGACCACGCCAUCGGGUCGCUGCUGGUGGCGUGCCGCGAGUCGGCGGAGGUGCGGGUGGAUGCCAUCAACGCCGGCCUGCUCACGCAGCUGCUGCUGUUGCUGCAGAGCCAGCGCGCCAGCCCUAGGGCCAAGGCCAACGCCUUGGCUCUGCUCAAGCUGCUCAGGACAAUCUGGGCUCGUCACUAG